AUGGUCCUCGUAUUCGUGAAGCGUGCCGACGGGAGCGUUCAUGCUCUCUCCGUGGAAAGUGGCGACGUCAUAGAUUUCUCCAAGGAGGACGGCUUCGAGGAGCUCGAUGUAAGCGAUUUGUCGUGCAAGUUGGAGCAGCUAGUGCGCGAGACGCCCAAGGAAAGAGUCCUAGCAGCUAUGGCAAAGAUCACCGGGACAAGCCCUCCGGCGGAUGAAUCCAAAAGCGAUCUCGCCAGAGCUCUCGGUUUCGCUUGUUUGCGGACGCGGCUUGGGCCAGGCGCUUCACCGUACGUGUACGCAGUCAACAAGCCUCUAAUCCAGGCUCCGUACGAUCAGGUUGAAAAAGUCAAGGUGAGCCUUGAUAGUCUUGACGACCGGCUACGGCUGGAAUUCCAGCCGUCAAGCUUGGAGAACAUGAGUGUGGAGUGGAGCUUGCCGGCGAAAGAGGAUUUCGAUGCCAGCUUGGGCAACUUCGGGUGCGAGUGGACGAGUGCUGUUGGCACUAGACACACGGGGCUCACGUGGAAUGAGCUGAUACCGGUCAUGACCAUUGACGAGUUGGAGAACUUUCGUCAUGUCCAUGGCUGGGCUUCGCAAGACGGCCUUUUCAAAAUGUUCCAUUCGGCAGGCCUGCAUGACUCUCACCCCAUGUUGUUCCGCCACCCGGUGCUGCAACGCCUGCUCUGGUUCUUUGAGACGCUCAAAGAGAGUUUGACUCAGUGGGAAGACCACUUGUACCACGACCUGAAGGUCAACUAUGGAGGCGACAUGGGCAUUCUUGACGAUGCAGUGGCCCAGCAGUUGAGGGCACGGGACCUCUAG